AUGUCUCUUAUGCCCCAAAACUUCUUCACUCUCCAGGUGAGCAUUUCUAUCAUGGAUGUUUAAGCUGAUCACAGUAUGUUCGUUAGCUGUGCCAAUUGUACGCUGUUAAAUCCACUUAUAUCUCUCCCUCAGCCGCUUGAGCUCUCCGACCUGGACUUGGGUGAUGUGCCCGCCACUGUUAGGUUCGUGGAUCGGCACCUGGCGAAUCUUCGUAAUGAGAUGGAGGAGUCUAUCAAGGCCAUGGGUGCGGGGGCCCCUGGUGAGAUAGCAGCGCUGACGGGUGACACCAACGGCCAUGCGGCAGUGCCGAUGGGUAACGCCGCCAGCGAGCUCGGCUACUUGACAGAUGCAUAUGAGCCCGGCAAGGAUGGUCAUGUAAGUACCCCACUCAUAGUCGCGCAGGUCUUUAUAAGAUGGAUUCUGUCUGACCAACUCUGUUUUUUGCAGCUCUACUUCAAGACCCGGUAUAAUGUCCAAGACUUCAAGCCAGAGGACGUUGAGGUAACCACGCGAGGCAACUGCUUGGUUGUGUAUGGUAAGAAGGAGGAGGACCUGCCUGAUGGCGGAGUACGCACUCGCGAAUUCUGUCGUUCGGUGGUUGUUCCUGACAAAGUGAACAAGGACGACUUCCACGCUACCCUAACAUCUGUGAGUGAAUGACCUCUACCCUCCGAGGGGGGCUGGGUUGGGGGUUUCUUGUUGAGUGCCUUUCUACAACGGAUCUUUUGUUUCGUAGGACGGUGUGCUGGUUGUGGAGGCGCCAGUCAAAGAACCCGACUACAGCGUCUACAAGUUUGACGAUGAUCGUAAGCUUUGUGUGGCUGCCAAACCGCAUGAGGAGGCACCAGCGGGAAUGGAGCUCGCUGUCACUGGUAGGUAUCUACGGCUUCUCCUGGCUGGUCCAGUUUUUUUUUCUCUCCCCCUCCCCUUGCCACUUAUUAAUUAAUGGUCUUUCUCCUGUGCAGGCAAGGACGGUGCCGUGGUGGUGGGUGAUGGGGACCACAGAAAGCUGCAUUUGGAGGUGCCUGUGGAUUCGCACUUGGAUCCGAAGGAUAUCACCAUCAGGAUGAAUGCCAACAGCGUGCGUAUUACUGGCAGCCAUGCUGAAAAGCAUGAUGAAAAGACCGACAAUGGUCAAAUCCACUGCUCCGAAAGAACACUUUUCUGCAAGUCCUAUGCUAUUCCUCAUACAGUUGACACCUGCUCAGCAACUGCGGUUCUGAAGGACAAUCGGCUUGUGUUGGAGGCCCCACUUUUGAAAUUGUGA